AUGACGAUCUGCACUUAUAACGCACGUACGCUUACAUCGGAUGCAGCCAUCGAAGAUCUCAUUAUGCGAGCCAGGAAGAUCAGUAACGAAAUCAUCGGACUGAUUGAGACGAAACGAUGUCUCCGUCUCAACGCCGUAUUUGAAACUGGAGAAGAACUGUUCUUAGGAACAUGCGACAGCAGAAUUGGUAGAGUUGGAAUCUUCGUCAACACGAGUACGACAAAGAACAUCGACUCUCUCGAACAACCCGAAUCAAACAUCUGCGGAUGA